CCGAGCAUCCGUUUACUUAAUGCUCUCUGUUUUUACAACGCGUUUUCGCUAGGCAGGGCGAGCGGCGCUCAACUCCACCGCUGUCACGAAUCCGAAAGCGCUUGAAUUUUCCGAGCUUUGUCGGGAGUGGGCUUUAUAUUAAGGGUGUUUAUUACAUUAUACACUUUAUAUGGCUACAGUGGAAAACAAUUCGAGGCCUAGAUUGGGUAUUUGCGUAAAGGUGGCGUUGGUCUCACGCAAACUAUAGACCGAUAUAUCUUAACGGGCGAGAAGAAGCUUCAGGCGCCUCCUGUCAACACUUUUACGCGUUGUAGAUUAUCGUUUUCUGUGAGUGUUAUUGGGAGCGCCGGGUGUUUAAAAGCAGAUACAUUGUAUCCAUCGUUUGAUUGAGCUUUCGAGGUAAAGGCAGGGAGGCGUACAUAGUGUACCGUUUUGCCAAAAUGCCCGCAUUGUCUUUCCAUCAGUUUGAGCAAGGCCUACCAACAGCAACAGAGCUCUGAAGCAAUAUAUGCUGUGCUUUAUGCAUUUAACUGCACUUCUGCGUCCAUUCAGGGCGGUUUAUUAAGGCGAUGUCGUGAUCAGAAUAUUGAAUGACUGCAGUUAGAUGCUCGUGGUUGAGUUUUUGUUCUUUGAGAAAGCUUCGAGCUUCCCAAAAUCAGGUCUGUUACAUGUUGGCACAUUGCCUAGUACAGGUGCAUGUACCACCUCCCCCUCCCCAGUGAUGUAUGUACAGCUUUAAGAGGACAAAACAUAACAAAGGCCCAUAUUGGACAAGCAAAGUUACCUGCAGGUCCCCGUGCCACCUCUAGUCUACUACCUUUCCAUCAUUCAGAACUGCCGCUCACUGGAUGUUUUUUAUUUUUGGCACCAUUCAGAGUAAAUUCUAGAGACUGUUGUGCGUGAAAAUCCAAGGAGAUCAGCGGUUACAGAAAUACUCAAACCAGCCUUUCGAAUUUUCUCCUUUUACGUGGCACGAUAACUGAUGGCAGAGAAUGUCGACGACUAAUAACAUAGCCCAGGCCAGGAAGUUGGUGGAGCAGCUGAGGAUUGAAGCAGGCUUUGAACGCAUUAAGGUGUCUAAGGCUGCUGCGGACCUCAUGAGUUACUGCGAGCAGCAUGCACGCAGCGACCCUCUGCUGGUGGGGGUUCCCACCUCGGAGAACCCUUUCAAAGACAAGAAGCCUUGCAUCAUUCUAUAGCUACUCUCUCUAGCCCAACUCUCCCAGUCCCACUUUAACCAGUGCCCAACCCCAGUCAGUGGGCAAUUCAGUUCAACACUUCUUUUGACCUGGAAUCCACAGUAUUCUCCAGAAAAUAAAUGCCACACUCUCUCUUAGUACAAAACUAAAGGGGGCAAUAUCUGUAUACCUAGCGUCAUGUAGCCCUGCAUUGAGCGUGUCUAUAUGAAUGAAUCUAUGCAUGUGUGCACUGUCUACAUUCAUGCAUAUAGACUCACUUAAGAGGAGGUGGCAGAUUUGGGAUUUGUAAAGUAUUUCAUAAUGAUUACACAGUGCUUAAGAGACUAAGAGCUACUCCAGCAUGUUUUUCAGUGAAGUGGAUGACCUUAUUACCACAUAGGUGAUGGUGGAGAGUGAAGAAAGACAGUCAUGUUUAUGCUGACUGACUAGCUGGUUAGCCCAGUUACACUGUGGUAAACGGUUGUUCAGUAUUAACCCUGCAUUGUUGUGUUAGAUCUGCAAGCUAAAGGUUCAUUUUAGAUUUAUAUGGCCAAAAUGGAACCCAGGUAUGCUUAUCUUUAUCAAAACAGCACAUUUCAUGUUUUACAAAGGGAUUCAAGACAUUAACGAAAGUUGCCAAUAUUUAUACGUUUUUUUUUCUCAGUCUGUUUGUGAGCUGUAGUUUUUCUUUUCAUUGAUAAAAACACAUUAGGCUUAAUGCUUUCUUUUUCUAGUCUUUAUACUAUAUUUCAGAAUCCUCAGACACUAAGUUAUAAAGGAAUAAUUUUAUAUAAUGGCAAAAAUAUUAACCUAAUACCUCUUUCUCAGCCCGUUUUAAUGUGCAGUUCUAAACCGAAUUUAAAGCCGAAGUUGUAUUUGGAAUAUUAACUUAAAAAUGUUUGGAUGCAACAUUUGUAGUAAAAUAUCUUGAAAUCAGACCACUAAAAUUGCAUUACCUUUCAGUAUCAAUAAACAGUAAAGAUCCUGAUGGCAGAGGCUUUGGCCUGCCCCAUAAGUUUUAGUGAUUUUAAAAACAAAGUCUGAGCCCCUGCAUAUCACAGGCCAAUCUUUUUCUCUGAAACCAAACUUGAUUGUAAAAUCCAUACAGAAGGAAAAAAAAAAUGUAUAAACUUUCUUUUGGAUAUGUUCAGAGGUGUUAACUUUGAGAAUAGCUGUUUGGAUUUGUUUGUUCCAAUUUCUUCUUUCUAUGGAAACAUGGAAUCUGGUCAUUGAGUAUGAUAAUGUACAGUGUUUGAUAACUAAAAGCGCAUUCAUUUUUUUGUGGAUGUUUUAUCUUUUUGUAAUUUUUGUGUAAUAUUUCUGUUUCCUCCAUCAUUAAUUUUUAACCAUCCAGUUUGUCCUCUUUAAGGCUAGGUAAAAAAGUGAACUUGACAAGGAAUUUAUGAACGGCUCCGGUGCUUGUACAGUACAUGUGAGAACAAAAUGCUUACCUGCUCCCUUUUUGGGAAUGUGGAGCGCAUUGUUGACACUGUAAACACGAUGCCCACACAAUGAUGAUGUAAGGUGCUCAAGGUAUUGUUUUCAGGUGGUAGUACCUGUUUGAUGCAUUUAAAGCACGUUUUAUGAGGUGGUCCGUGUUAAGUCGUGUUAGUGGCUCUGUAUGAAGGGUAGGAUGUUCAGUGUUAUGCAACAGGCCACUGGGUUUGGCUCUGCCUGAGCAGUCACAUGCAGAAUGGCAAGAUGAGGGGCAAGGUCAAGCCACAACUCUGAAUGUCCUAUAUGCAUCCAGCACAUGAUCUACGAUUACUGGCUAAUAAGUGUCUUGUGCACCACCACAAGUGACUGAAGUCGUCAGUCCCCAAACAGUCACUCAAAGUAUAGAACAGUGCACUAAUGGGAUAAGUGCUGAAAAUAGAAUUGCCCCAUUGUCCCUCUUUAAAUGGCGAAAAUAACAUUAUGGUGCAGAAAAAUGGGUCUUGAGAACGCUGUCAUAGUGUAAGAGGGACAGAGGGGGCCUGUGCUCCCUGCAGCCCAUAGGAUGUUGUCAUCAGCUCCCGUAUUAAGGAUGACUAAGAUGAGUGGAGAGGUCACAAGAUGGUUAUGAGUCAUCCAGCAGGCCAGAGAACAACAGAGAAUCACACUUCUCCCUGCUUGUGCUGCUCCCCUCCAGUGAGCCAGCAGUGGACAGAGCUGCCUUAGCGACAUCACUUCCUGUCAUAUUUGAGCUGAUCAGAGUAAGGCAUCCAAGCAUGUUUGGAGCAACAGCCUUAAAGCGAUAGUUCUCACAAAUUCUGUCAACAUUUGCUCACUGUUAAUUUGUUGACUUUCUGACUUUCCUUCUUUCGUAAAAUACAAAAGGAGAUAUUAGGCAGAAUGGUGGCCUCAGUCACCAUUCACUUUCAUUGCAUAUUUCUCCCGUCCAAGGAAAGUGAAAGGUGACAGACAAACAUUUUGCUUAACGUCUUCUGUUGUGUUCCAUGGCAGAAAGUAAGUAAUACAGGUUUGAAACAACAUUAGGCACUGUUGGGCAGAAUGCCAGCCUCAGUCACCAUUUACUAACAUUGCAUCUUGUUUCCAAACAAUGAAAGUGAAUGGUGACUGAGGGUAACAUUCUGCUUAACGAUUCUCUUGUGUUGCAUGGAAGAAAGUCUUACAAGUUUGGGACAACAUAAGUAUAGAUUAGGCAAAAUAGAAGCCUCAGUCACCAUUUACUUCACUGCGUAUUUUUUUUCCUAACAGUGAAUGGCGACUGAGGCAAAAAUUUUGCCAAAGAUAUCCUUUUCUGUUCCACUCAUGAAAGAAAGUAAUAUUGGUUUGGAAAACAUGAAGGUGAAUAAAUGAUGACAGAAUAUUCAUUUUUGGUUAAACUAGCCAUUUCAUUUGAAGUUGGUUUUAUCAGAGUAGAUAUAUGGGCUUUGUGGUAAAUGAGAGAGACGGUGCUAUCCUGUACAGAUGCAUUUCAAAAUAACUUGACAGAUUGGAUACUUUGGGGAAAAAAUGUACCGUAUUAUGUAAUGAAGGGUUGUAAUUUAAUCUUUUGAAGUAUUACAUUAGCUCACUGACUUCCCCACUGCUAACAGCGUUAUUACAAGGAAAAGACCCUUAGAUCAGGAAUCCACAUAGGGAAAAGCUUUUCUGGAGAAGUGCAUUAAUUCACUGCAGAUGUGCAGUAAGUAUAAUGACUUUUGUCAGUGCUAAGAUAAAGGUAGCACUAAACAAACAUUCAAACACAGGUAUGAGGUUUUUUGAAGCAGCAGUCAAACUAUUAAGCUCACUGUACCAUGUUUGAUGGUAUUACACUGGAGCAAACACUGUGAAAGUCAGCUUAUUAGGAAUGAGUUCUCCACCCUCUUGACUCACAGUGUGUCAGGAUGCACUGUGCUCCAUAGUAUUGUUUUUAACCUUAAGUUUGUGUUAACCACCUUAGGUUAACAAUUCCACAUGCUUAGAUUUUAAAACCCUGCAAUCAUUCCAUUGAGAAAAUGGCUUGCUUUGUUGGGGAACCUGUUGUAUGCAACUGUUAGGACAAGGGAAUGCAUCCAUUUCUAAUUUGUGUUGCACACAGCAAGAACACUUAAGGUGCUGAGGAGGCCAUAAUACCUUAACCUUAAUUCCUAGUUCCCAAACGUCAUUUGUCUUCACACACCAUCAAGCUCUUUCAUGACCAUGAGAGGUGAGAUUUAGGCUUUGUGUGGGUAAUCUCUGUAGCCGAGUCCUUAGCCAGUAGAAUCCAAUCUCAGCUUGUCCCAUUAUUUUGUGUUUUUUCCUGUGUAUGCAUAUGUAUCUUUCUGCCUUGAUUAUGAAGAAAUAUAUCUAUUUUUUGUAAUUGUUCUUCUCAGAUGUGCCAUAAAUCAUGUUUUCUUGCACACGUAAUAUUUUGUGGAUAUUGCUGUUUAAAAAAUAUGAAAUCGAAAAAGUAGAUGAAAUAAAGACAAAAUGUUACUCUG